AUGCCCAUGUGGUUUGGUUCUCAGGUGGAAGGAGCCGACACCAGCCCAGAAGAUGGAACAUCGCAGGAACGUGGGCGCCGAGUUCUCCCUUCUACAACUUGGUUGCAACGUGAAGUGGAGCAGCUGGCUCGUCAGGUUGACGAUCGAUCUCCGCAGGGCACACGGCGUCGGCACACCCCCGUGCCUUGGAUGCAUGCUGGAAAAAGCAGCUCGCAGUUGCGAGACGCCAUCGCUGAUGAUAACGAGGCAGAAGUGGAAGAAGAAGAAGUGGUGGUUCCGUUGGCGCGCCGUGACACUCCCGCCCCUUGGUUGACGGAAAAUGAUUUGCUAUCAGAGAAGAUGGACAGAGAAAAGUAUGUCUUGGGACUACUGGAAAAAAUCCUUGAGGAGCCCACGGACAGUGAAGCCGUUUUCGAUAAACUGCACAAAAUAGCCGAGUAGUAGAUUAGUUCCUACUAACAGAUAACAAUUGUAAACAUUCCGCUUCAAAUCUGCUGCGAUCUAAUUUCAUCUGAUUAUUACAGUAAAAUACAAUUACUCUGGUAGAGAAAAAAACUUCUAUCGACGGACAAUGCCAGUGUAAUAACAUAUUUAU